AUAAAACUUUCAAGGUCAAAGCUCAGUCUUCAGAAUCUUCUUCCUUCACCAAUGCCAUCAGAAUAUUUCAUCUAGGCUUCUUCAAUCAAAGCCAUCAAAAUGGUGAAGUUUUCUUUUUUUCCUCUAUUUUUCCUAACAGCUGGGGCUUAUAUGACUUCAGAGUGUUUCGGCAUGGAGAUUAUUGGAGGGCGAGAAGUGUCGCCACAUUCCCGGCCAUUCAUGGCCUCCAUCCAGUACCACAGCCACCACCUCUGUGGAGGCGUGCUGAUCCACCCACAGUGGGUGCUGUCCGCGGCCCACUGCCGCACCCGGCAUGCAAAAGUCCAGUUUUUCAAAGUGAUUUUAGGAGCACACUCUCUCUCAAAGAAAGAGGACUCCAAACAAACAUUUAAGAUUGAAAAAUUCAUACCAUUCUCAAGACUUACAUCAUAUCGUAAAUCAAAUGAUAUUAUGCUGAUUAAGCUUCACACGGCUGCAACACUUGACAAACAUGUCCAGCUGCUCCACCCAAGCUCCAAAAAUGAUAUCAGAGCUGGAACAAAAUGCCAGGUUACUGGCUGGGGAGCCACCAACCCACAAUUUUUAAGGACCUCUGAUACCCUGCAUGAAGUUACUGUUACGGUUGUAAACCGAAAACUUUGCAACAGCCCAAGUUAUUAUAACCACAACCCUAUUAUAACUGAAGACAUGGUAUGUGCAGGAGACACCAGGGGCCAGAAGGAUUCCUGCCAGGGUGACUCAGGUGGCCCCUUGGUUUGCAAAGGUGCCUUCUAUGCCUUAGUCUCUGCAGGUCAUAAAUGUGGUGAUGCCAAGAAGCCUGGAAUCUACACCCUAAUAACCCGGAAAUACCAGGCUUGGAUUAAAAACAAGCUUGCUCCAUCUCAGACAAACUAUGACCACAAAUGAUUUUCUUGGGUCUACCAGUUGCUUGUUUUAUUUUCAUAAGAUGUCCUAGAGUCCACCUUUGUCUUUAUAUGUAGUUGGAUGUAAAGUGGAGCACAGCUAGGGUCCACUCCUGCUUCCGUAGGACUGAUUUUGUCAAGGAAUCAAGUUCUCUUUCACAUCUGUAACUGCUGUGUUUUUACUAUGCUGAUUUCAUUCUGAAUAAAACUUAGAAGACUAUGUCCUUAUCUUUCAUGCAAAUGAGAAAAAAGCAAAUGAUAUACUUCCCACUCUAUUCACACUCCCCCAAAGGGCAAAAAAAAACCAAGCCUUCAGCCAGGCACCAACUUCA